AGCGCACCAUGCGAGUCUGCUAUUUAUUCUGGAUAUGUUUGGCAGAAACUUUAGCGUAUCAGCGUUUCCGUUACAUCCAAAGGCUUGAGGGGGAAUCUGUGGACAUAUUUUGUGAUGCACAAGCAAGUUCAGCACUCCCAUUAAAUCUGUAUUUACAACGAAGGUUUGCUCAUUCAGAAAGUGUGUUAAACAUCUCUGUAGAUGGAAGCGCAAGAGCAGAUGCAGGGACUGAAGGACGAAUCAAGAUUUCUGGACAGUCACGCACAGUUACCGUGACCAUUUCUCAUUUAAAACACACAGACACAGGACUGUAUAUCUGUGAUUUCUCUGGAAAAGUAUCAGGUCAGCUUUCAACGAAUACAGUCGUCUUUCUGCAUGUGCACACAUCAGGCGAGUCGUGCUCCUGCAGAAGGUUUUCUCUCCUCAUCUACACUCUUUCAGCAGGAGUGUGUCUGAUUGUACUCACAGUCGUCGCUGUCAUCAUGAUGCAUUAUAAAAAACCUUAUGCUCAAACAGCGCCUCCAAUUUAUGAAGACAUGUCAAGUGUGCAAGGAAAAGGACGCAGUGCAAACAGUCAGCAGGGGCCUCGUUUAUAUAUAAUUACAGAUUAACCGUCCUAAAUAUGUUUGAAAGGGGUCCUAUUGUGUUUUUUAUGGUAAAAUUAUGGGGAAAAACAGCAGCGUGAGAUGUAAACUCAGAAAUGCAAAGAGGAUUUUUUUUUUUGGAGGUCGAGUAGAAAAAUGUCAGCUGCAUCUGUUAAACUUUUAGCAUUUCAAGAUGGCCACUAUAAACUCGCAAUUAUGAGCCAUUAAGUUUUAAUUCCCAAGAAAAAUUCAAGUUGUUAAAAAUAUUGGAAUACUGAGGAAAAAAAUCCAAGAAGGCAGAACCACAUGAGGAAAAAAAUUGACUUGAGAAAAAAUUACCUUGGAAUUUAUCAUCCUAAAUAUGCUUGAAAGGGCUCAUAUUCUGCUUUUUCACUUUUAUAAUGUUAGUCGGAUACAUAUGCCGGAAUAGUUGGCGGUUCAUUCCACCCUGGCGACCCCUGAUAAAUAAGGGACUAAGCCAAAGGAAAAUGAAUGAAUGAACGUUUGUAGUGUGUUUUUUUAAGUAUCUCUUUUCAAGAACUGAGUGAAAGCUGUUUUCUAAGAUUUGUGAUGUCACAAAUCAGCUCAAAUCACACCUAUGGAAAUUCGAAUAGUUAGGUGAGUUUAGAGAGGGCCAAAACCAGAUGUCUCGCUCUAUCUGUGCUUGUUCAGUGUAAUCCUCUUGACCAUUAUUGUCAGCUCAGAUUUUAUUGUGAAAUAUUUAAUUUCCAACUUCUCAAAUAUGUGUAAGAAAGCAUAUUUCAUGGU